GAAGAGCUUGUAUUCUUAGUCAAAAAAAGUGACUUGAAGGUUAUUUGUCCUGAAGUGGCAGAAUGCGAUAGAAUAAAGAUUAAUAAAGGACACACAACACAUAAGAGGAUAUCUACUUUCUGAUACCUCCAACAUUCUCGUCGUCUUGGUAGAGAAACUCCAACUAUCUACCCUUCCUAGACAUUGGCCCUUUUUCAAUUCGACAUAUCAUCCCAAAUUUCUGGGAAAGCUCAAAGAGUGUUGUUUUGUGUUCGACAUCGCGACAGAAGCAGCCAUGUUCAAAGAUUUCGAUUACGCAACCACUCUCCGUGGUCUAAUACUUCCUUUCGCAUAUGUCGUGGUCCUCGUCGGAUCUCUAGUAACAUUUUCUUCAUUAUACAGAAAGCGCAUAGCAGUCAAAUCUGCGACUCUUGCGCCCUGGUUUCCACCACAUCUGCAAAGGAACAUUUACUUCUCUCUAGCUCAUCUUGAGCCAGAAGAGGGGGACGAGAAAACGCCAAAAGUACCAGCUGAACUUAUUCGAGCGGCUUUGUUAAGAAGGGCUGUCGAAGAUAUCUACCGAAUUAUUCACAUUAGAACAGCAAAGCAAGCAUGCAGUACCUUACUACAGAGGGGGAGUGUCGGCGAUGAUUUAUGGCAAAGAUUCUUGAGAGCAGAGAAAGAAAUGGAAGAGGAGCUUAGGGAUGUGGUUAUGGAGGCAAAUGGAUUGGCACCAAAUUGGGGUCAGACAAUCUUCCAAUCCGCCAACGAAAUCUACACGAAUACUCAGUUCAGAAAGAACCUCGAUGACAUUCAAGCCAGAACCCAAUCUGAGAAGGAGUGGUGGGAGAAACGUCGAGCCUCAAUCCAGUCAGAAUUUAUGAAAGAAUUAGACCAAGAAGCAGAAGCCAAGGCAUCCAAGUUUACCUCGCCAACCAAGGCCCAGAGUGUCAUGAGCGACGAGGAUGCCAUUCUAGUUCAAGGAGGCGGGCCAGCAGCUAGCGAACAAGGAAGCCCCAGCAGGAAGAAGAAGGGAAAGAAAUAAAGCGUGUUUUAUUAGCUGCUGGGCACUGUACAAUGGCAUGAAUCUUGCCCACAUGAGGCGUUUUUGGUGUCUGGCGUUUUUGCGGCUGUAAGAUAUUGCAUGCAUAGGUUAUGAGGGGUGUAUCAAGAUUUGUAGUAACCAGUCCAACUCACUGGCUAGAUAUAAAAUUUAGCUCCCAGAGGACCAGCGGGCCUUUUGAUUUUUGUACCAUUUGCUUCCAAGCAUCAUCAUUUUCUUCGUAUCACAUGAUUAUAUGAAGUGGUUCUCACCACAACAUUUGAGCAUUCUCAGUGGACAUAUUCGUGCUUGGACCUAGGCGUCUUUCUAAUUAUGCUAUUCUA